AUGAAAGCUAUCUUUAUUCAUAUCUAUCUAUCUAUCAAUCUAUCUAUCUAUCUAUUUUUCAUACCUAUUUUACUAGCUAUGAAAGCUAUCUUUAUUCAUAUCUAUCUAUCUAUCAAUCUAUCUAUCUAUCUAUUUUCAUACCUAUUUUACUAUCUUUAUUCAUAUCUAUCUAUCUAUCAAUCUAUCUAUCUAUCUAUUUUCAUACCUAUUUUACUAUCUUUAUUCAUAUCUAUCUAUCUAUCAAUCUAUCUAUCUAUCUAUUUUCAUACCUAUUUUACUAUCUUUAUUCAUAUCUAUCUAUCUAUCAAUCUAUCUAUCUAUCUAUUUUCAUACCUAUUUUACUAUCUUUAUUCAUAUCUAUCUAUCUAUCAAUCUAUCUAUCUAUCUAUUUUCAUACCUAUUUUAGUAUUUUCAUAUCAGUUUAUACCUAUUUUAGUAUUUUUAUUCAUAUCUAUCUAUCUUUAUCUAUCUAUCUAUUUUCAAACCUAUCUUUAUUUUUCAUAUCAGUUUAUCUAUCUAUCAAUCUAUCUAUCAAUCUAUCUAUCUCUUUUCAUACCUAUUUUACUAUCUUUAUUCAUAUCUAUCUAUCUAUCAAUCUAUCUAUCUAUCUAUUUUCAUACCUAUUUUACUAUCUUUAUUCAUAUCUAUCUAUCUAUCAAUCUAUCUAUCUAUCUAUUUUCAUACCUAUUUUACUAUCUUUAUUCAUUCAUCUAUCUAUCUAUCUAUCAAUCUAUCUAUCUAUCUAUCUAUUUUCAUACCUAUUUUACUAUCUUUAUUCAUAUCUAUCUAUCUAUCAAUCUAUCUAUCUAUCUAUUUUCAUACCUAUUUUUACUAUCUUUAUUCAUAUCUAUCUAUCUAUCAAUCUAUCUAUCUAUCUAUUUUCAUACCUAUUUUACUAUCUUUAUUCAUAUCUAUCUAUCUAUCAAUCUAUCUAUCUAUCUAUCUAUUUUCAUACCUAUUUUACUAUCUAAUCUUUAUUCAUAUCUAUCUAUCUAUCAAUCUAUCUAUCUAUCUAUCUAUCUAUCUUUUUUUCAUACCUAUUUUACUAUCUUUAUUCAUAUCUAUCUAUCUAUCAAUCUAUCUAUCUAUCUAUUUUUUUUUCAUACCUAUUUUACUAUCUUUAUUCAUAUCUAUCUAUCUAUCAAUCUAUCUAUCUAUCUAUCUUUUUCAAUCAUACCUAUUUUACUAUCUUUAUUCAUAUCUAUCUAUCUAUCAAUCUAUCUAUCUAUCUAUCUCUUUUCAUACCUAUUUUACUAUCUUUAUUCAUAUCUAUCUAUCUAUCAAUUUAAUCUAUCUAUCUAUUUUCAUACCUAUUUUUUACUAUCUUUAUUCAUAUCUAUCUAUCUAUCAAUCUAUCUAUCUAUCUAUCUCUUUUCAUACCUAUUUUACUAUCUUUAUUCAUAUCUAUCUAUCUAUCAAUCUAUCUAUCUAUCUAUUUCAUACUAUUUUACUAUGAAAGCUAUCUUUAUUCAUAUCUAUCUAUCUAUCUAUCUAUCUAUCUAUCUAUUUUCAUACCUAUUUUAG